UUGUCAAAACGACGCCGUAUUGCCGUGUACGCUUUUAUUACUAAUUACUUAAUAUUUAUAGUUUAUUACUUACUGUUUCGGGCUCAUACUCAUAUAUUUGCUUGCUAAAAUGACAUCCAUAGGGCCUAAGAAAGACGGCGGGCCAAAUGUUGAGUAUUUCCAAUCAUCGGAAUCACUUUCACAGUUUGAUCAAAUUCGAGUUUGGUUGCAGAAGAAUUGCAAAAAGCAUGUCCAAACGGAUCCCCCUACGAAGGAAGGGCUGGCGCAACUCGUCGUUCAGCUGAUACAAUACCAGGAGAACAAGCUUGGCAAGAAUGCCACUGAUCCACCAUUCUUGAGGCUUCCAAUGAAAGUGUUCAUGGACAUGAAGCCGGGAGGAGCUCUGUGUACUGUGCUCGCCACCAUGUUCCGCUUCAAGUCGGAGCAGAGGUGGCGCAAGUUCGACUUCCAGGUCGGUAAGAACCCGUCCCGGAAGGACCUGAACGUGCAAAUGAUGAUGGAGAUCGAGUCAGCUCUGAUGAGCUCGGAGCUGAUCCGGUCUCCGUGCGUAUAUAUCCGGCCCGAGGUCGACAAGAACACUGCCAAUAAGAUUAAGGACAUCGUCGUCAACCACCAAGGAGAGAUCGUAGAGGAUGAAGAGGAAGCGACGCACAUCGUGUAUCCGACAGUGGACCCCCUCGAGGAGGAGUACGCGCGGCCGGUGUUCCGGCGCGGGAACAACGUGCUCGUGCACUGGUACUACUUGCCUGACAGCCACGACACCUGGGCUCAAGCUGACUUGCCUGUGGAGGUACCAGAGGUAGCGAACUGGGAGUGCACCCGCGGGGAGCCGUGGCGGGUGUCAGCCACGUGGGUGCUCGACCUGCCGCAAUACAACGAGUGGAUGAACGAGGAAGACUACGAGGUCGACUCCAGCGGCAAGAAGAAGGUGCACAAGUUGCGUCUGUCCGUAGACGAUCUGAUCCCCGGCGGGGAAACGUCCAGCAAGAGCAAAAAGGGAAGCAAAAGGAAGCGUUCUCCCUCUCCGCCACCGCAGAAACACGGAAAGAGGAAGAGCCGUAUUACGAAGCGUCGCGACAACGAUGGCGAGGAUGACGACGACAGCGCCUCGCGGGACAACACUGACGCGGUCCCCACACCAGAAACAGAACGAUCGGCUGACAGUCAGUAUUCACCCUCUCCUUUUACGCUUACCACACCUUCAGCCACCCCAGCGGAGACAGCGCCGAGCACCGCGCCCAACACGGAUGCACCAUCCACGCCCGCGCCACCCUCUGACGCCCACGACGACUCCCAGGGCAAGCACAGUGACUCCAAUACACAGGAAAUGUUAUCAAAGGAGGAAAUGGAAGACAACGUAACGGACCAAACUCACCACAUCGUGGUCCCAUCCUACUCGGCCUGGUUUGACUACAACUCGAUCCAUACCAUCGAGAAGCGAGCUCUACCGGAGUUCUUCAAUGGCAAGAACAAAUCCAAGACGCCAGAAAUCUACCUCGCUUACAGAAACUUCAUGAUCGACACGUACCGUCUGAACCCAACCGAGUACCUGACCAGCACGGCCUGCCGCCGGAACCUUGCGGGCGACGUGUGCGCCAUCAUGCGCGUGCACGGCUUCCUAGAGCAGUGGGGGCUCAUCAACUACCAGUUGGAGGCGGAUUCCCGUCCGACAGCCAUGGGCCCGCCGCCGACGUCUCACUUCCACGUGCUCUCCGACACACCGUCGGGCCUGCAGCCGUUACAGCCGCGCCCCUCGCAGCCUAGACCUGUGGAGAACGCGGCCAUUCCGAAGGUCGAAGCGGGUUUGCCGAACGGCUCCGAAGUAGGCGCUCCGCCCGGCGCCGCGGCCGCCGCAGCCGCCGCCGUCGCCGCCGCCGCCGCGCCCGCUAUCAAGACCGAGCCCUCCAUCGACCUCGGGGGAGCUACUGGCUUGAAGAUGGAUCAGUACCGCGGCGGUGCUCGUGGCCGCGAAUGGACAGAGCAGGAGACGCUGUUGUUGCUGGAAGCGCUGGAACUCCACCGCGACGACUGGAACCGCGUGGCGGCGCACGUCGGCACCCGCACGCACGACGAGUGCAUCCUGCACUUCCUGAGGCUGCCCAUCGAAGACCCCUACCUCACCGACGCACCUUCAGGUGGUGUGCUGGGCCCGCUAGCAUACCAGCCCAUACCAUUCAGCAAGACUGGCAACCCUGUGAUGAGCACGGUCGCGUUCCUGGCAUCCGUCGUCGACCCUCGCAUCGCUUCCAAGGCCACUAAAGCUGCCAUGGAGGAGUUUGCUGCUAUCAAGGACGAGGUCCCGGCGGCCAUGAUGGAGGCGCACGUGAAGGCGGCGGGAGCGCACGGGCCGGCCGCCGCGCUCGCCGCCACCGGCAUCGCUGGCACCGCGCCUGAACUCUCUCCCUCAGCCCCAGAGAAGAAGGAGGGAGGUGAGGGCGUGAAGACGGAGGCAAUGGAGACGGAGGAACCGGAGGGAGCCGCCAAAUUGAAGGAGGAGCCUGCGGAGACGCCCGCGCCCUCCGAAGACAGCAAGGAGCAAGUGAAAGAAGAGGCUGACUCGACACCCGCGCCGCAGACCACCGAGCCAGCACCAACGGCAGUGGACGCUAAGCUGCAGUCGGCUGCGGCGUCGGCGCUGGCCGCGGCCGCGGUCAAGGCGAAGCACCUCGCCGGCGUGGAGGAGCGCAAGAUCAAGUCUCUUGUCGCGCUCCUCGUCGAGACCCAGAUGAAGAAGCUCGAGAUCAAAUUGCGGCACUUCGAAGAGUUGGAAGCUACCAUGGAGCGGGAGAGAGAAGGUUUGGAGUACCAACGGCAACAGCUGAUCCAGGAGCGACAGCAGUUCCACUUGGAGCAACUGAAGGCGGCCGAGUUCCGCGCCAGGCACCAAGCACAUCAGAGGUUGCAAGCGGAGGGCGGCAUCAUCGCGCAGCCGGCGGUGGCGGGGCCGCCGGAGCAGGCCGCGCCCGAGGCCGCGCCGCCCACCGCGCAGCCGCACGCCUAGAAUAUACUACACCUCUAACUUCACCUUCGACGAUACAAUACAACCAAAUAGACGCGUAACAGCCAGCGCAGACCAAGAGCAACGACGCGGCUAAAUCUUUCUGAUAUCGCUGGAAUAUCAAUUUUAUUACCAUCUCGCAUAAAGUGCAAUCUUCUCCCUAUUGAAUAUACGGUUCGCGGCGUAUCGAGCCCAUGCCAAGAGGACUUUAUGCAAAUGAUAUUAAAGUUGAUUUUUCCGUGUUGUCUGAAAGUGAACGGGUAGUCGUUGCUUUAUCUGCGCUGACGGUAAUAUUUGAUUUUUCGCAUAUAAUUCAUCCCGUUAACUAGAUAGGGUAAUGGGGGGAAAGCGAUAUGCCGCGUUCUGAUUAGCCCACCCAAGAUCGUAAACAUGUCGAAAGUCGGUUGCGAGUUAUCGAACAUUCUCGCGUGGCAUUAUAUAACAUAAUCCGUUCGUCUAUUAUUAGGGGUAUUGUAUCGUCGAUAGACCUAGCAUAAACAUACAUAACUAAAUAGUGCAAGCCUUCAUUGAAAUUUGAAACUGCCAUUUGGUUCCACGGUCUCGAUGGUCGCAUCACCCGAUUGAAGUUCCUCGCUACACCGGCGGGCUCCGUGCGGCCGUCGGGACGAGUCGAACCGUUUUUGAACUAUUCAUAGAUAAGGACCAUUCCAAUGUUUGUACAAGCAUGAUCUGACAACACGACACGGCGAUGUCGCGACGGUAUCGCAGGACACCCUGCUCAUAGGGAGUACGCUAAAGCGCGCCCAUAUUUCUACACUACCGGUAAUUGUUUAUAUUUAUUACAUGAAAUUUAAGCUUAAGUGAUUAAUAAAUGUUUUCAAACAAUGAUUUAAUUAAUUAAUGUAUUAGCCAAGUGAAUGCGUAAUUUAAUCGAUGAAUUGUAUUUGAAAUUUGUAUUUACACCAACCACAUUUUUACAGUAUUUAAUUGGUAAUGUAAUGUUGCAAAAGGUUUAUGUUUAUGAUUUUAAUGUACUGGAAUAGUGGUGGCGAUUUGCUGAUUUAGAUAUAAGUUUAGUAUAUAGCCUUAGGAGUCAUUUUAUUAAUAUGUCCUGAGUUGAAAUAAAGAUGUCGAAGUA